UUAAUUAACCUAAAAAUAUUUAUUUUUAACUUUGUUUUUAACAAAUACAAAUAUGUUAAAAGUUAUUUUACUUUUAAUUUAUGUGCAUUUUUCACUAUGUUGGAAUUUUGACGUUCGCUGUUUAUAUGUUGAUUGUGAUGAGUCUAACACAAAUACAAAAAAAUUUAAUAUUGGUGAAAAAUUACAAACUUAUAAUCCUUAUUGCCUAGUUUUUGAUUGUAAAAAAGGAAAUAUCAACUCCGAAGACGAGAAAAAUGAUCAUACGCCAAGUAUAGAACAGGAACACGAUUCCGAAAUUAUUAAUAGAUUAAAGAAGUAUAAUCCCUAUUGUUUAGUUUUUGAUUGCAAAGAAGACAAAUUGAACACUGAAAAUGUUGACCCAAAUACGAAAUCAGUACCAGAUACAUUGAGUAAUCUGGACAAGGGUCUUUACUGUUCAUUAUUUGAUUGUGAGGAAGUAAACAGAGACCCUGAAAGUAAAGAAGUUCAAUCUAAAUCCAAAUGGAAUCCGUAUUGUUGGUUUAAUAAUUGUUAUCAAUCUAACAAAGAUUCGGAAACGGAACAAGCGAAAUUCUGGCACUAUGAUUACUGGUUCAAAAAAGACAAAGAAGGUGAUUCAAAAUCAUGGGGAGACAGAUUUUACUGCAGUUUUAAAGACUGUUCUAAAGAAAUAGAUGAUAGUCAAAACAUUGAAAGUAGAUUUACCAUAAGUGGAAUAUAUAACUCUGCAAAAGAUUAUUUAAAUGCAGCAAAACCCCAAGAUAUUGUUGCUGAUAAUGUAUUUUCAUCAGAAAUUAGUCCAUAUUGUUGGUUCACUGAAUGUUGCAAUAGUAAUACAAUCCCAGGUGAUAUACAAAAAUUAUCAUCUUUAUUAAAAACAAAAUUAUAUGGUCAACCCUUAGCAUCUACAGUUAUAGAUGCUAUAAGUCCUCAUUGGGACAGUAACCAUCCUUCAAGAAAAGCACUGGUCCUAAGCUUGCAUGGUCCUAUUGGAACAGGGAAAAAUUAUAUCAGCGAGAUGGUUGCUCAGAGCUUAUUUAAACUAGGAGUUCAAAGUAAAUAUGUUCACUAUUUUUCAGGAAGGCUUCAUUUUAACCAAGGGGGAAAUUCUGAUGAAUACAAACAAAAUUUGUACAGCUGGUUAAAAGGCAACGUAACUUCCUGCAGUAAACAAUUGUUUAUAUUUCAUGAUGCAGACAACAUGCCUGAACAGUUAUUAAAUUCCAUCUUGCCUAUGUUGGAUUACCGAGAAAAAGUUGAUGGAGCUGAUUACAGAAACGCUAUUUUUAUGUUUUUGUCCAAUAGUGGAUCACAAUUGAUUAUAGAUAAAUUAAAUGAUCUUUACAAUCAAAAUAAAACUCGCGCAGAUGUAGAACUAGAAGAUUUUGAAAAAGUAAUUAUCAAAGAUAUUUUUAAUCAUCAAGGUGGAUUUUACCAUUCUGAUACAAUAAGCCACAAUCUAAUUGAUCAUUAUAUACCACUCUUACCAAUGGAAAGAACACACGUUGCAGAAUGUAUUAUUGAUCAAUUUAAAGAGAGAAACGUAGAUUCUCCUACUGAAGAACAUGUCACGUCUAUUUUGAAUUCAAUGUCCUGGGUCCAAACAGAACAUUUUGAAUAUUCUUUAACCGGUUGCAAGGCUAUUGGAUCCAAGGUCCGUAACUUGUGGGAAAAAUACUAUAGACCAAAACAACAAGAAAAGGCUGAUCUUUGAACCUAGUCAACCUAGUUUUAAGUUUAAAUAUCUAGUACAUCAAGCUAAGGGCAGCUUAUAAUAUAAUAUUCCCAAAGAAUAUUUUUAUAUACCAUUUGUUAGAGUAUCUGUUGCAGCGGUUAGGUUAACUUCUAAAAAAACAUCUAGUACAAUUUGUCGCUGAUGUUUUGUUUGGCAUGAGGAUGGAGUGGAAACUGUUGAUUCCGAAAAUAGUCGCAUAAUAAACAUAUCUUAACCCUCCGUCUACCAGGCGGAUCCAUUGACCCCGUUACAAUAUUCAAUGUAAUAUUUUUCACUUUACAUAUACAUUGAAAUUUAGACCAAUUCUUACUCCGAAACGUGGCAACGGUGGUAUCGAGUGAAUGCUAUGGCUCAGUGUAGGCUGCACCGCCAAUAUUCAUUUAGCCAAUGUGGACAGCGCAAGGAUUGAUUUCUAGAAAUAAACCGCAAAUUGACGACAAGUGAACGUGUAUUUGCGAUGCAGAUGUGGUGGUGACUUAAAAAAACAGCGCUAUUGUGAGAACAUUUGAGUAGAAAUUUCCCAGAACUGUGGAGCCCACGCAGCAGGCCUUAUUUAAUUUGAACUAGAGAUUUGAAAGCACAGGCAAUGUUGCUGAUUUACCUCGAUGUGAUCGUCCUCGCACUUAAGUCUUCUUUUACAGUAAAUUUUUCCACAACUCAGACGUGAUAUUUUCUAUUAUCCAUUUUAAACUUGUACUUAAUAUAAAAAUUGUUAUAAAUGUUAUUUUGUUGAGAGUAUGAGAUAUACAUAUAUUAGGAAAUUUUUAAGCAGACGAUUAUUAUGUGACGGCGUCAUUAAAAAAUGUGCAACAGAUUUGAGAGGAAAUAAUAUAUACAGUAAACAAUGUUAGAUACUAAUUACAAUCACAUUAAAAUAACAAUUUGCAUUAUAGCAUUAGCGAUGCAUUUUAAAAUAUAGGAAUGUUCGUGCGUGUUAUGUAUUAAUCUAUUGAAGACUGAUGCUGUGGACUUACUUUUUGUACGUAAAUUAACUUAAAAAUAAACUUAAUUAUUUGUGAAGAGCCAUCAUGACUGUAUAAUUGUCUACAUAUCGUUGGCAUAUCUAGCAUGCCCUCCACUUAUUCCUCCAUUUGUACUUAUAACGUAUUGCACUGAGUGGUUUUUUAACUAUUUUAGGAUAGGC